CUUGGCUCUGAUAAUGAUUGUGAUUAUCGAAGGUGGUGGUCGAAAGGAACAACGGCGAUUGUAACCGGAGCAAACAAAGGUAUAGGUUUUGAGGUGGUGAAGAAGUUACUGGAGCUUGGACUAACGGUAGUCUUAACCGCCAGAAACGCCAAAAAUGGAAGCCUCGCCGCCGAUUCCCUCCGCCGUGCCGGCUUUCAAAACGUUCAUUUCUACUGCCUCGACGUCUCCGAUCCUUCUUCCAUCGCUGCCUUUGUCUCCUGGUUCCGUCACAACUUUGGAGUACUCGACAUUCUGGUGAACAACGCCGCUGUUUCAUUUAACGCCGUCGGUGAUAAUUCAAUCAAAGAGCCAGAGACCAUAAUCAAGACCAAUUUUUACGGUGCCAAGCUUUUAACGGAGGCGCUGCUGCCGUUGUUCCGUCGAUUGGUCUCCGUUAGCCGCAUCCUUAACAUUAGUUCAAGGCUUGGCUCAUUAAACAAACUGAGAAACCCUAGUGUAAGACAAACCCUAGAAAGUGAAGAGCUUAACAACGAACAAAUCGAUGCGACAGUGACUCAAUUUCUAGAAGACGUGAGCAGCGGGACGUGGGAGAAGCAAGGAUGGCCGGAAAACUGGUCGGACUACGCAGUCUCCAAGAUGGCUUUGAACGCUUACUCUAGAGUUUUGGCUCGACGUUACAACGGCAAAAAACUAAGUGUUAACUGCUUCUGUCCUGGCUUCACACGCACGUCUAUGACCGGUGGUCAGGGAACUCACACGGCGGAGGAUGUUGCCGCAACCAUCGCCACGUUGGUUUUGCUUCCACCGGAGAAGCUGACCUCCGGCAAGUUUUUUAUGUUCUUAGAGCACAAGAAAAUUAUUUCCAGGUUGUGAUUCUCAUAGUUAAGAUCGUUAUGAUUAGUUAUUAACUGAUUACUAUAGCAAAGUAAAUAAUAUUCGUAUAAUUCUAUGCGAAUUAAUAUACUAAAUUGUUUUAUAUUUGUGCAUGUAUUGAUAAAUAAAUAAAUGUAUAAGAGUAAAAUAGCUUCUUAAACCAGCUUGUAAACAACAAUUCUGUUUUUGAAAAUCAAUAAAAGUAUUUAGUCGAAUAAAUGAAGAAACAUCAUUUAUGUAUAUGAGGUGGUGGUUUAUUAGAGUUUGAUUUGAUUUGGUUGAUGGCAACUAUAUCACUAGCUAAUAUCACAGCAAUUA